UGCGCUGGGAGAGGCCAACGCGCUCGGAUUGUCCGCUCGGGGACACCGUCCGACUCCACCGGCGGGAAACCUCAAACGGCCGGAGCGCGCGUCAUGGCGGAGGUCGGCGCCGAGCAACGGACCGCGUCCUCUCAGAGGCUACGUGCUGCUGUUCACUACACUGUUGGAUGUCUUUGUGAGGAGAUUGGGGAAGAUAAACAAAUAGAGUUCAAUAAGCAAACCAUUGCAGCCAUAUCAGAAACAACCUUCAGACAGUGUGAGAAUUUUGCCAAGGACCUUGAACGAUUUGCAAAACAUGGCAAGCGGACCACCAUUAAUACUGAUGAUGUGAAACUGCUAGCAAGGAGGAGCAAAGCACUGCAAAACUUCAUUACAGAGAAAUGUAAUGAACUUGCUGCCAGUAAUGCUGAGCAAAAAGAGAAGAAAGCGCUCAAUGCUGGGAAAGGAAAGAAGAAAUCUGAUAGCCAUGUAGAAUCCACAAUAUCUGAAAACGAAGACACUACCAAUGACUAAUCUGAAAUUUGAAAACUUGGAUUUAGGACUGACUGUAGAUUACUUAGUUUCACAUACCUUUACCAUGAGAAAUGUUCUUGUCUUUCUUUUUGAGGGAUGUGGCAUUAUUUGAAGCUUAAAUGAAUUAAAAGAAAUUGAACUUAAGGUGUUAUGGAAACUAACAAAACCAACCAAAUAUAUGUAAAACACAUGUUAGUUUUUGCAUGGCUAUUUAGAAAAUUAUAGCCAAUUCCUAUUCGGAAUAAUGCACAGUUGUAUCACGCAUCAUAAAUUAGCUUGCUCAUUUUAAGGUACUUUUUUCCCCACUUUUGGAUGAAUUAAAAUUCCUUUUAAAAAAUGCUUAUUAUUUUGUGGUUUUGGUAUAAACCUGUGUAUAUUUUUUUGCAGUAAAACUGCCAUGUAUAUUAAAUUAAAAAUACUAAUGCAUUGGAUGGCUGUAAAAGAUUUCUUUCAAGGAAGUUGCUUUAACUGUUCUUGUUAUAACUCUGCUGCAGAAUACUGAUAAAUCAUUCUUCUUACAGUAGAGAGUGCACAGGAAAAUUUAGCAGCCAUUGCUCCAUCUUGGCACAAGGCUGAUCUUCUACCAGCUUCAGUCUCCACCCCCGCCCCCCUACCCUUAGUCUUCUUGUGAAAAAUGUAUUAAAGACACUCAGCAUAACUUCAAAAAAAUGUGACUUGUAUAGAGUACCCUGCAAUCCGGUUUCACAAUGGUUUUCCUGUACUUCAAUGAGAAAUUUACUAUCUGUAGGGGAUGUUCCUUUUCUCAUAUA